AUGUCGGUUAUGGAGUACGACACGAGCCGUCGUAGUCUAAGCCACGCUCUGCAAUAUGACAACUACUAUUACAAUAAUCGCAAUGCGCCUCUCGCAGUCUCUUAUGCCUCACGAUCCGAUCCUCGUGGAUGCCCGGUUGGUCGUUCAAUGAACAGUACACGAGGUCGAUCCAGCACAGCACAGGAAAAUGCUCCUUCGGAAAGCGGUCAGUCCAGGCGUCGCAUUGCAGUGGCCUGCGCCCGUUGCCGUAAGCGGAAGAUCCGCUGCAGCGGUGAUCCGGGGACUGGAUUGGGAUGUACGAACUGCAACCAGGCUGGGAUUGAUCCAACACACUGUCAAUUUCAUCGAGUUGGAUCAGACCAAGUCCACAAGGUCAUGGACAACCUCAACAUUGCGCACAGUCUCACUGGCUUGGCCAACUCCCAUGCCACGAUGCCAACCUACUCUGCCUCUGGUAGUAUGAUCUAUUCUCGGGGCAUGUCAACACCUCAGUACCCUCAUGUGGACACUAGGCUCAUGUACCCUUCUUCUUGGACUAUUCCGUUUGCCGAAGAGACCUCGCCAGUUGACGUAUACGAUCUGGAUCAAUCGUCGACAUACCUGCCGAAUGCGACGUCUUUGACAAACACAAAUCUGUACGGCACAUCGGAUCGGUGGUCUCACCCCACUGCAAGGUCGUUCCAACCCAGCACAAACGCUUACUUUGAUCGAGACCCAUCGUAUUCGGCGCAUGGUUUACCCCACAUCCAUACUAACUUGAGGCCUACCCCGACAACCGAGGCCCUGUCACCCUUGAAUAUGUCUUCCCUACAUCUCACGCUACCAGAGAGGCCACACCCACGACAGCUGCCAGACGCCACUGCGCCACGGAGACAACUGCCCAUGCCACAACCCAGCCCCGCUCAAACCAGACGAGAUGCCGUUGAUAUGAUGCAGGACCAGCGCCUUCGCUCUGUACAAGCCAUGGCCGCACCACCCUCUACGUCUGGUUCGUUCGCGAAGCCAGCACUACCUUGGAACAUGGACGGCGACAAUCAAAUCAACGCCAACAUCUCAUCUGGAAGCACAUCAGCAGAUGUCGCCGCCCAGAUUCCUGCUCCAGUCCCGAUGGAAAGUGCCACGGACAGCACCUUGGACUUCCCCUCCACAACCACUGGUGGAACUGACAAUCCUACUUCCUCUCACGUUCAGCUCAACUUCAGCACCUCUUCCCUCCUCGACUCGAUCAACGCCUCCGCACCACCAACCACAUACUCCAACUUCCGUGAGUGUCGGUUGCCGACCUCGUCUUCGAAGAUGGUGCGUCAGAGCUCCCAGACGAAUCUAUACAGCUUCGACCCUGACAAUACACCCAAGCGGAACUCGUUCAGCGGCGAGACAACAACAUCCAGCCAGUGUGUCAAUGGUAGGAAGUACAUGCCGCUCGCCCACCAGUCGCAACGUUCGUCCACCACCAACAGUGUGCACCCCACGCCUUUCGAUGACCAGCAUGUACCGCUUCACAGGGCGAGUUUAGGCAGUCUCAGUAGCAGCUUCUGA